AUGCUUAAUGGUGCCUUGUUGUCCUUGCCCGCUCACCAUCUGCAUUUCAGCAAUGAGCUAGCUCAACGGCUAAACAACCUUCCAAUCGCUGCCGACGCCGCCGCUGCCGAGAACGCCUCCGUGGAGAACCGAUGGUGUCAACUGCGAGACACGGUCCAGUCGAUGGCGGUAGCCGUCCUCGGUCGCGCACGCCGCCAGCACCAGGACUGCUUCUACGACAACGACGCCGUCAUCAGUAAUCUGCUCGCUGAGAAGAACCGCUUACACAAAGCCUACAUAGAUCACCCCACCGACGACAACAGAGCUGCUUUCUACCGUAGUCGCCGACAACUUCAGCAACGUCUGCGCGAAAUGCAGGACGCCUGGACUGCUCGCAAAGCUGAGGAGAUCCAAGGGUACGCGGAUCGCAACGAAUGGAAGAACUUCUUCUCCGCGAUCAAAGCUGUCUACGGUCCGCCGACGAAGGGCACUGCUCCUCUCCUUAGCGCCGACGGUGGUACUCUCCUGACUGAGAAGACGCGAAUUCUACAACGAUGGGAUGAGCAUUUCCGCGGCGUCCUCAAUCGCCUCUCCGCCAUCUCCGACGCUGUCAUCGCUUGCUUGCCGCAAGUGGAGACCAACGUGGACCUUGACCUCCCGCCAUCUCUCCAGGAGAUUAUCAGGGCCGUGCGGCAUCUCUCCAGCGGGAAAGCACCCAGAUCGGACGCAGUCCCUGCUGAGGUCUACAAGCACGGUGGUUCCCAACUGAUGGAUCACCUGACUGCGCUCUUCCAGGAGAUGUGGCGUCAAGGUGCAGUGCCGCAAGAUUUCAAAGACGCAACCAUCGUGCAUCUCUACAAGCGCAAAGGGAACCGCCAAGUAUGCGACAAUCACCGCAGCAUCUCCUUGCUGAAGGUCGCCGGUAAGAUCUUCGUUCCUAUCCUCCUCAAUCGUCUUAAUAAUCAUCUGGAACAAGGCCUUCCACCGGAAAAUCAAUGCAGCUUCCGUCUUUAUCGCGGGACAACGGAUAUGAUCUUUGCCGCCCGUUAACUGCAGGAGAAGUGCCAGAAGAUUCGGAUCCACCUGUACUCUACCUUCGUGGACCUGACGAAAGCCUUCCACACGGUGAAUCGUGAAGGACUGUGGAAGAUUAUGCAGAAAUUCGGCUGUCCGGAGCGAUUCACUCAGAUGGUGUGUCAGCUGCACGACGGUAUGAUGGCGCGAGUCACGGACAACGGAGCUGUCUCAGAGGCCUUUGCAGUGACCAACAGAGUGAAGCAGGGAGGCGUGCUGGCGCCUAUCCUCUUCAGUCUUACGUUCUAUGCCAUGCUGAUGAACGCCUACCGCGACGAACGCCCCGGGAUCCGCAUGGCCUACAGGACGGACGGUCACCUCCUGAAUCAACGGCGGAUGCACUUCCAAUCGCGCGUAUCCACAGCCACCGUUCACGAACUCCUCUUCGCCGACGACUGCGCCCUGAAUACCACCUCGGAAUAA